AUAAAUUAAUUAAAUCGCAACCUAAAAUGUUGGAAGUAACAGUAAAAACUCUUGAUUCACAGAACCAUUCAUUUUCUGUUCCGGAUGAAAUCACUGUAAAAGAAUUCAAAGAUGAAAUUGCUCCUGUUUUGAAUAUUUCCGCAGACAAGCAAAGAUUAAUUUUUUGUGGCAAAAUUUUAAAAGAUGACAAAAAGCUCAGUGAAUAUGAUGUAAAUGGCAAAGUAAUACAUGUUGUUCAGAGUCUUCCUCCAGCACAAGGAAAUAAUACAUCAUCAAAUGGUUCUACCAGCACAUCAACUACAACAAACCCUCGAUCCCAUCGAGAUGCUGCUGGAUUUUUGCUCGGUGCUUUUACUAUACCACAAGAUGUUGUUGAUCCUGCACAGGUGCAGAAUAUUGUUCAAGAUGUUGUAUCUGGAAUGGGUGAAAUUGGAAGAAAUGCUACUGUCAUGUCGAGAGCAUCAGAUGAUGGAUCAGUCGAUGUUCACAUUAAUUUAGGCCGAGUGCCAGUUCAGGUUCCUCUUCAAAGUGAAGCCCAAGUACGAAUGAAUCGAGUUCGUCACAUGCUAAAUCGUGCUGAGUAUUUGUUGGGAUCAAUUGAAGAGAUGACCAAUUCAAAUAAUGAGAAUGUUGCUGAUUCUUCAUCUCAAACUGAAACUGAUGCUGAUGAAGUAGAAAUAGAUCCUCCAAGUUCAAGUACUUCAGAUAUUCCAAAUGGUUCAGAUGCACCUAAUGGAUCAGAUGCAAGCAAUUCAGAUGACUUUACAGAAAUAAGAACACGCAUCAAUUCACAGAUUAAUUCAGAGCUAAAUAUGGAUGAGACUCCUGGCCUUACAUCAGGCCCUGAAAGAUUUAGAUUUGAAGGUCUUGCACAUGCUGCACAAGCAGCCAUUUCUGCAGCUUUUGCAACUGCAGCUGCUGCAGCCAGGGCUGCUACUGCUAGUGUAGCCACUCCUGCAACAUCAACUGCUAGUACCACAGCACCAUCAGGUUCUGAUUCAAUGGAUGCUGCACCAGCUGAAAAUGUUGCAGAUUUCCUUCCAACUGAAAUUAUGUCAACUGAUCCAACUGUUAUAUCUAUGAAUUGUCUGCCAACUGAUGCUGAAACAGCUGCUCAGGAGCCAGCUCAAGCAGAAAAUGAAUCUACUUCUAAUAGUCAUCAUCCUCUUUGUCCCCUGUCUUCAACAAGAACACCAUCUUCCAAUGGACCUGCUUCAUCUUCACGCAGAGGACCUCUUAUCAUACAACCAAGUGUACAGACUUUAGCAACUCUAUUGGAGGAUAUUAUGCGAUUGAAUACCAGAAUGCAACCAUGUCUUGAAAGGUGUAGAGAUUUAAUCAGGAGUGAUCCUACUUUAAGUGGAAGACCAUUAGUGGAUGCUCAUCGUCUAUUUAGUCGUGUAUCUCAACUUAUGCAUUUUCUAAGCCAUGCAUAUCACAGUCUGAGUGAUCUACACAUUAACUUCAGUCAACCUCCUCCUCGUAAUCCACUUGUGCGAAUCAUAUCAUCUUCACCCAGCCCAAUACUUCAGGGACUUCCCAUGCAAGCUCAGAUUAGUAUUACUACUUCUAGCGGCACUUUGCCUAAUUCAAGUCAGAGCACUACAACUACUGCAACUGCAAAUAAUGCUAAUACUAAUAACGAUGCUGCUCGAACUGCUACUGAAACUCGGCCAGUCCCUGCACCAAGAAUUAAUCAAAGUCCUCUUGUUACAUCUGUCACAAGUUCUACUACUAGUAGAAGUCCUCUUUCUACUCAAAGAGGUCAAAAUCCUCUUGUCUUCAUGGAAGUAGUAUCCCCUUCUACAACUAUUGAUAGUAUUUCUUCGUGUUUAGUACCUCCUUCAAGUUCAUCUACUCCUGCUUCUGAAACUACUCAGACUCCACCUUCUGUAGCAACUUCAACUUCUACAAGAGAUGCUCCAUCAUCGCAGAACAACGAAACUGCUGACGCUCCAAGCAGCUCACCUAGAAAUUCAACUCCUAAUGCUACCCCCACAUCUUCUGGAUUAAUUCCUUCUCGCAUUUUGCCUAUUCGUAGUAUAAUUCCUGUACCACUGUCUUCAGUGGCAGGUUUGCACAGUUUUGACUCUGGAUUACCAUGCAGUUCUGUAUGGGCCUUGGAACCUUCACGGCGACGACAUAAUGCUGGAAAUGCAAGAUCUCAGCCAAAUUCUCAACCUACUGUGAAUCCGAAUGCUCCAGGGCGUCAAGAAGAUCAAUUGCAACAAGUUAUUAACAAUAUUAUGAUGUCUUUGAUAAAUCAUGCUCCUUCACAAAGUGGCCAAUCAUCCCCAAAUGUUGCUGUGUUUACUGCACGUGGUGAUGAUUCGGGACCUAGUGAGGGUAAUAAUGCAUUGUUUAAUGCUAUCAGGGAAGUAACUCAAGAAGCCUCAAGACAGGCUGUCUUGCGUCAAAAUGCCACUGGGGCAGCUUCAACUGGCUCAACUACAUCUCCAUCCAAUGAGGGAUAUAAUGAAACUAUUCAAUUAUUAAAUACUUUAGAAAUAGCCAAUAUGAAAGUUGCGGAGAUUCUGAGGUCUAUAGAAUUCAGAAUGGAAGGCGUUUUGGGAGACUUAAUUGUAUUGCUUGCCAAUCAGUUCAGUUUAAAAGAUAUUGUUGAUAUCUCACAUGGAAGAUAUGCAUGUUUGGAUAAAAUUCAGCGUCCACUUCAAGUGUAUUUAGAAUGUAAUGUCCUGCUUGGUGAAGAUGCUACUCCAGCUAAUGUUAAUGUUGGUGUGAAACAAAUUGCAGUGGAUAUUUUAAACUGUUUGAAAUCAUUUGUGAGUGCAACAAGAUCUCGUUGUGGAAUGGAUUAUUCAGUAGCCUUAUCUAAUUUUGUUCACCAAAGUAUUCACAAGUUGCUCAUGGUAGUUCUUAACAAAUCAGCAACUGCACCUGACACCUUUCGCACGCGGCUAGUUCAAACUUUUCAGAAAAUUUCAAAGGAUUUUCUUGCUUUAAAUGAAAAGUAUUCAUUUAAUGCCAAUUCAAAUUUGGAAGAUUUUGUAAGAGAACUUAUAGAUCCUUUGACAAGUGCUAUUGGCCAUUCAUAUCGUGGAACAAUCAAUUUAUGGAUAAUGAAUACUAUGCAAAGAUUCAUGAGAACAUUUGGUCCUGAGGGUUUAACAUCCAACUCAGCACAAAGUAAAAUUGAUCCAGACGAACCUAAAUCAUGUGCUCCUGAUCAAAACAGAGCUGCCAGAAAUAUUGCUGGAGUGCGAAGGAGAAACUUUGUAGAGGCAUUGGGUGUCAAUGAAGCCUUAGCUAGUGGUCUUACAAACACUAGAUCUGCACCAACUUUGGCAGCAUUUGCUCGCAUUGCUGAACAGACCAGUGCCCUUCUCAGAAACAAUGCUCAGUCUAGUGAUAGCAAUUCUCAGCCUCGCAGCUUGAGAGAAAUGAUAAUAAAUUCUGAUUCUUGGCAUAAUGCAGUUCCAACUAAUUGGGUCCCUAUAAUUGCCAGAGAUGUGCAACGUCAGAGGAGACAAGCUGCCCAAGCACCUUUUAGUAAUGCUUACUUAAGUGGUAUGCCAUCCAAAAGAAGGAAGAUAAUGACAAAUGGCAACACAACUUUGCUGGAAUCUUCCAACAAUGCUCUAUCAGAAAUGCUACUGCAAGCCAUAAGCAGUGCCAAUGUUAAACCUACAUCUAACAUGGAAGAACUGAAAAAGGAUGCAUUGCAAAAUUCAACUUUACAGACAUCGUUCAAUAAGCACAUGAAGAAUGCUAUUCAAGAAAGACUGCAACAAGAUCUUGAUUACUGCUCGGAGCGAUUCCCUAAUUCUGAAAAAUAUUUUAAAUAGAUCUCCCUCCCUGCACUGUAUACUGUCACUUUCUUCCUAUGUUCACUAUUUGGGAUCACAGGGGAGAUCUAAAUUAUAAGUUUUGAGAUGUGGCAGUCUUUUUUUUUUAUUUUGUCUCUUAACGAGUUGUAAGAUUUUUAUUUUGUCUGAACUUGAUCUAGCAUUAUUCGACUCUCUGGUCACACUGCUGUAAUUUUUCAUAACUUUAAACACUUUAGAUUAUAGUGUACUGUGAUUUUUGUGAGUUUUUAAGUGUUUUAUGUAACUUUUGAGCUGAUGUGAGUAUGAGAUCAGUUAGAUCAUGAUUGCAAUCUCUUUGUAACUGACUAUGCAAUUUCUAGUAUCAAUAAAAUAUUAUGUUAAUAUCA